AACCUGGCUACUCCAGCUUUCAAGAUUUCUCUGCCCUUUCGCUCUCUCUCUCUCUUUCCUCUUCCUCCUUAAGUUCCUACGGCAUAGAUCAACUUUGGGUCUUAGAGCUAGGAAGCUAGGAUUAGAUUUGCACAUCCUUCAACAUCAGAAUCUAAGGACUAAGGUCUAAUUUUUCUUCCACUCUGUCUUUUUUAAUCUUUCUUAGCACCUUUUUUUUUUUAUUCCUUUUCCCUUUCUUGAGCCCAGAAUCGAAACCAUGAAAAACAAGCCAAAGGUGGAAGAAAACUUUCUAUGGGAUCAAAACAUGAAAAACCAUUUUACGAUUCCAUGGGCCUUCCCAAAGUUAGUAGUUUCUUCCAUCCUUCUAAUCUCUAUUCUCUGCAUCUUCUACACACUGAGCUUCUCGAAUGUUUCAAACUCAUCUAAUCAGGAACUCAAAAUCAUCAAAACCAUUCAUGGUAUUGACCAAGAUGUAAUCCCACCUGUUUCAUCUCCAAAACCAAAACCCCAGGAAAAAACUGGCCUUCAACACAUAGUUUUCGGCAUUGCAGCCUCAGCUCGCUUAUGGGAUCACCGGAAAAAUUACAUCAAACUCUGGUGGAAACCCCAAGAAAUGCGCGGCAUCGUCUGGUUAGACAAGGCCGUCGAAAAUGGAGAUGACGACCAUCUUUUGCCACCAAUAAAGAUCUCAAGGGAUACUCCCGAGUUCAAGUACAGGAACCCAAAAGGCCACCGUUCUGCCAUAAGGAUAUCCCGUAUAGUUUCUGAGACUCUACGGCUUGGCUUGGAAGGUGUGAGAUGGUUCGUUAUGGGAGAUGAUGAUACAUUUUUUGUGCCUGAUAAUUUGGUCAGAGUCUUAUCUAAAUAUGAUCAUAACCAGUUUUAUUACAUUGGGAGUUCUUCAGAGAGUCAUUUGCAGAACAUAAAUUUUUCUUACGGGAUGGCUUAUGGCGGUGGAGGUUUCGCCAUCAGUUACCCCUUGGCUAAAGCUCUUGAAAAAAUGCAAGACAGGUGUAUACAGAGAUAUCCACGAUUAUACGGUUCUGAUGAUCGGAUUCACGCUUGCAUGGCUGAGCUCGGAGUUGCUCUCACCAAGGAACGCGGAUUUCACCAGUAUGAUGUGUAUGGAAGCCUCUUGGGCCUCCUGGGAGCGCACCCUGUUGCUCCGCUGGUCUCUAUUCACCACCUAGACGUGGUUCAGCCCAUAUUCCCCAAUGUGAACAGGGUCCAAGCCCUACAACGUCUCAAGGUUCCAAUAAAUCUGGACUCGGCUGCAGUCAUGCAGCAAUCCGUUUGCUAUGACAAAACCAGAAGCUGGACCAUCUCGGUCUCCUGGGGCUAUGCAGUUCAAAUAUACAGGGGCAUAUUUUCAGUUAGAGAAAUGGAAAUGCCAGCUAGAACUUUUCUGAAUUGGUACAGGAGAGCGGAUUACACUGGCUUCUCUUUCAAUACCCGUCCUUUUAGCAGGAAUGUUUGCCAAAAGCCAUUUGUGUAUUACUUGUCUAAUGCAUUACACAACAAGAAUACAAACCAGACAGCUAGUGAGUAUGUUCAGCACCAAGUUUCAAGCUCCGAAUGCAAGUGGAGGAUGGCAGAUCCUUCACGGAUCGAGAGGGUGGAGGUUUACAAAAAACCUGAUCCAAAUUUAUGGGACAAGCUUGAAAUCACUUUUGUUCCUGCUAAAAGAUCGAAAUUUGCUUUUGUUAAUGCGAUUGAAGUUAUAUCUGCGCCUCAAGAUUUGAUACUGGAAACUGCUCAAUCUGUCAACGGUGACAAAGUUAAGCCUUUUGAGGGGUUAAAUCAACAAGCAUUUGAAGUUGUGCAUAGGGUAACUGUAGGAGGUGCUAAAGUUACUCCUUUUAAUGAUACUUUGUGGAGAACUUGGGUGCCUGAUGAUGAGUAUAUGAAAUCGACCGAAGGAUCGACUAGGGUGUACUUUGCUGGUAGAAUUAAGUACCAAGCUGGUGGGGCGAGUCGUGAAGUUGGUCCUGAUAAUGUGUAUAAUUCUGCUCGGUUGAUUCAAAGCAAGAAUGCUUCUAUUCCUAAUAUGAACCUCACAUGGGAGUUUCCGGUGAUUGAGGGUUAUAAGUAUCUUGUUCGGAUGCAUUUCUGUGAUAUUGCUAGUAUAUCCCUUGGAUUGCUGUUUUUCAAUGUUCAUGUUAAUGGGCAUUUAGCCUAUAAGGAUUUUGAUCCCUCGGCUGUUACAAAUUACUUGUUGGCUUCUCCCAUUUAUGCGGAUUUUGUGGUUGAUGCUGAUCAUUCAGGGGUUGUGAGUGUAAGUGUUGGACCUUCAAGCAAUAGCAUGGCAUACGCAGUUGAUGCUAUUUUAAAUGGGGUGGAGAUCAUGAAGAUGAAUAAUUCAGUAGGUAGUCUUGAUGGCGAGCUGCCUGCAGAGUCUGUUUUGAAGUGUUGGCCAAGAAGAAGUGCUGGUAUUCUGCUUUCUUUGAUUGCUCUUGUGUGUUUACUACUGAGCUUAUCAGCGAUUAUCCAUAGGAGGAACACAAACAAGGUCGACUCUGUGCCAUGGUCAAAAUUGCCUGUGGAUGUCCCAGAAAUUUCUCCGAAGCAAGGCAAACAACAAUUAUCAAGUAUAAAGAUUGUUAAGGAUCCACUGGCUUUGUAAUAUACAAGUAACUUGUUGGGGAUACCACAUACUAUUGGAAUGGAGGCUAGUAGUUUACGCAUACUAAAGGUUUCAUUGAGUUUGAAUUUGAAGUUUGUGGAGGGCUUUGUGUCCGGGUGUUGUUGUCUGGUUAAUCUGUAUGAAAGCUGUAUAAACAGAAUAUAGUGUUGUUUGCAAUGCAUAUUUUGCAUUUUAUUAUCAAUAUAUUACCAUGAUCAUGUUUGUGAUGCUGAAA